AUGGUACCUCCGUCCGCUAGCAGUGAAUCUACCCGGCCGGCGACUCAAAAACUCACCGAGGACACCGACGAAGAGACUUUGCGCAAUUAUUUUCGCACCAAAGUCGAUGAUGCUCAGGUUUACUGAAAAAUUGCAGAAUUGUUGAUAAUCCCAGUCAGUUUUCAGCAAAAAGUGGCGGAUAAAAGCCAAAAUGUGCGUCGGCUUCAGGCGCAGCGAAAUGAGCUCAACACCAAGGUACGUAUGCUGAAGGAGGAGCUGCAGCAGCUACACGAACAAGGAAGUUACGUCGGAGAGGUUAGCAAAGCAAUGGACAAGAAGAAAGUGCUGGUGAAAGUGCAUCCGGAGGGGAAAUACGUGGUCGACGUCGAUAAAUCGAUCGAUAUCAACUCGCUGAACACCGGAGCCCGUGUUGCUCUUCGCGCCGACAGCUACGCUCUCCACAAAGUGCUUCCGAACAAGGUGGACCCGCUGGUCUCCCUUAUGAUGGUCGAGAAGGUGCCCGAUUCGACGUAUGAGAUGGUCGGAGGACUCGACAAACAGAUCAAGGAGAUCAAGGAGGUGAUCGAGCUGCCCGUCAAGCAUCCGGAGCUGUUCGACGCGCUCGGAAUCGCCCAACCAAAGGGAGUGCUGCUCUACGGACCGCCCGGCACCGGAAAGACGCUGUUGGCGCGCGCGGUCGCCCAUCACACCGAGUGUACGUUCAUUCGCGUCUCCGGAUCCGAACUCGUGCAGAAGUUCAUCGGAGAAGGCGCCCGCAUGGUCCGCGAGCUAUUUGUGAUGGCCCGCGAGCACGCGCCCUCUAUCAUCUUCAUGGACGAGAUCGACUCAAUCGGAUCGAGCAGAGUUGAAGGAUCCAGUGGUGGAGACUCGGAGGUUCAGCGUACUAUGCUCGAGCUUCUCAAUCAGCUCGACGGAUUCGAGGCUACCAAGAACAUUAAGGUCAGUUAUUAGCUCAUGGUCCCAACCAAUAAGCCCACUUUUUCCAGGUGAUCAUGGCUACGAACCGCAUCGAUAUUCUGGACCCUGCACUCCUCCGCCCGGGCCGCAUCGACCGUAAGAUCGAGUUUCCGGCUCCGGACGAGAAGGCGCGCGCGGACAUUCUGAAGAUCCACUCGCGCAAGAUGAAUCUGAUGCGCGGCAUCAACAUGAGCAAGAUCGCCGAGCAGAUACCGGGCGCGAGCGGCGCCGAAGUGAAGGCGGUGUGCACGGAAGCGGGCAUGUUCGCCCUCCGCGAACGGCGCAUCCACGUCACGCAGGAGGACUUUGAGAUGGCCGUCGGAAAGGUGAUGCAGAAGGACUCGGAGAAGAACAUGUCGAUCAAGAAGCUCUGGAAAUAA